AUGAAGUGUUUAAGUGUUUUACUUUGUGUGCUGUUCACAAUUUUAUAUUUUACUGAAACUGAUGCCUAUCCAGCAUCAAAUCCUGAAAUGAUAGCUGGUCGAGAUAUAUCGUCAAUUCCUCAAUUUCAUUGCCUGCGUUACUUUAAGCAUGACGUGAAUUUAUUGAGGCGCUGUCGAUACACAAGAUUCUUAAGACGACCUGAUGUUGAUGAAGGAGAUGAAUUUGACGGUGGAAAUUAA